UUUGCAUAUAAAAGCGAACGUUUGCGCCAAGUAAAUCAUAGUUUGAUUGAUUUCUACAACUAGCAAAGCCAAAUAACUCAACAUGAAGUUCCUGAUUGCUUUCGCUCUGUGCGCUCUGGUUGCCUGCAUCAACGCCAGUCCCUAUGGCAACAUUGGCUAUGGCAGUGACCUUGGCCGCGUUGCCUACGUUCAGGAUAUUGGCUAUGGCGGCGGCUAUGGCGGCGGCCAUGGUGGCAACCAUGGUGGCAACCGUGGUGGUUAUGGCCAGCCCCUGAUCUCCCGCUCAUCGAACCCCUCUGCUGCUGCCUCCGCUUCCGCUGCCGCGGCUGGACUCCGCCCCGGCAACUAUCGCCAGGCUGCUGUCAUCGGCUACGAUCUGGACUCCAGCUACAAUGGCAACAGCUACGGACGUGGCGGCUAUGGACGUGGUGGCUACUAAUUCACUCACAUUCCAAUCGAACCAACACCAGUUUUGUUCAAGCGGAACAGCCAUCGAGAAAAUGAAGCAGCUGUGCGCAAAUAAAAAGAAAAAACCCGCUGAAAGCCGCGGAAAAUGUUGAACAAAAAAAAAA